AUGCAAAAUAAAGCGGAACAGGAUAGAAAUCAAGAGGCCACAGUCUACCUCGGUAAUCUGGACGACAAAUGCACAGAUGCACUGAUAUGGGAAUUGAUGUUGCAAGCGGGUCCAGUCUCAAAUGUCUUUUUACCGAAAGACAGGAUAUCAAUGUCACAUCAAGGAUUUGGAUUCUGUGAAUUCCUGACAGAGGCAGAUGCAGAAUAUGCAGUUAAGAUAAUGAAUCAGAUAAAACUGUACGGUAAACCGAUCAGAGUGAAUAAAGCAAGUUACGACAAGAAAUCAUUGGAUGUAGGAGCGAAUUUGUUUGUCGGAAGUUUAGAUCCUCAAGUUGAUGAAGGUACUUUGGCCGAUACUUUUGGUACUUUCGGUUCACUGGCUGAGGCUCCCAAGCUCGCUCGAGAUCCUACAACCGGUCUAUCAAAGGGAUACGCCUUUAUUGCGUAUAACGAGUUUGAAGCUGCUGAUAUGGCAAUUGAAAAUAUGAAUGGACAAUUCUUCGGUGGUAAACAAAUUAGUGUGCAAUAUGCUUUCAAGAAAGAUGGUAAAGGUGAAAGGCAUGGUGGUCAAGCUGAAAGAAUAUUGGCUGCUCAAGCAAAGAAACAUCAAUUGAUACCUGGGUCAUCUACACCUGCAUAUCAAUAUCAAGGUCAAUUUGCAGGUGCUUUAUCAAAUGGACAAUUAGCUUCAGGUGGAGCACCAUCAUAUCCACCUCCUCCUCCUGGUAUGCCAGUAUAUCAACCUCCACCUCAACAACAGCAGCAACAACAACAACAAUAUCAAUCGUAUCCGCCUCAAGGAUAUCCUCCUUCGGGUCCAGGUGGAGCCGCUUCAUACGGUCAAAAUGGUUAUGCACCACCGCCACCUCCACCCACUGGUUUCCCAGUAGCUGGACAAACACCCCAAAUGGGUUAUGGAAUGACUCCACAACAGACUCAAGGUGGGGCACCCCCUCCGCCUCCGCCUCCCAUAAGAAUGGGUUUCCAAUAG